AUGUCAAUCACUCCUUUCAAGAAAAGAGUCUGUUAUUAUUACGACAGUGAUAUAGGAAACUAUUAUUAUGGACAAGGUCAUCCUAUGAAACCACAUAGGAUUCGAAUGACUCAUAAUUUACUUUUAAAUUACGGUUUAUACCGAAAAAUGGAAAUAUAUAGACCUCAUAAAGCAACAGCUGAAGAAAUGACCAAGUUUCAUAGUGAUGAGUACAUACGAUUUUUACGAAGUAUUCGUCCAGAUAAUAUGAACGACUAUAACAAACAAAUGCAAAGAUUCAAUGUGGGUGAAGAUUGUCCAGUUUUUGACGGUUUGUAUGAAUUUUGUCAGCUAUCUGCGGGUGGUUCAGUAGCAGCAGCUGUUAAGUUAAAUAAGCAAUCUGCAGAUAUUUGUAUCAAUUGGGGAGGUGGUCUCCAUCACGCAAAAAAAUCUGAAGCCAGUGGCUUCUGUUAUGUUAAUGACAUCGUACUUGGUAUAUUAGAAUUGCUUAAAUAUCAUCAACGAGUAUUGUACAUUGAUAUUGAUGUCCAUCAUGGUGAUGGUGUGGAAGAAGCAUUUUACACUACCGAUAGAGUUAUGACAGUUUCAUUCCAUAAAUAUGGCGAAUAUUUUCCUGGUACUGGUGAUCUCAGAGACAUUGGUGCCGGAAAAGGAAAAUACUAUGCCGUUAACAUUCCGCUAAGAGAUGGAAUGGAUGAUGAUAGUUAUGAAUCAAUAUUCGUACCAAUAAUUACUAAAGUAAUGGAGACGUUCCAACCUAGUGCAGUUGUAUUACAAUGUGGAGCAGAUUCACUUACAGGAGACAGACUUGGAUGCUUUAAUCUAACUGUUAAAGGUCAUGGUAAAUGUGUUGAAUUUGUGAAACGUUAUGGCUUACCUUUUCUUAUGGUUGGUGGAGGUGGUUAUACUAUCCGAAAUGUAUCUCGAUGUUGGACAUAUGAGACAGCUGUGGCAUUAGGAGCUGAAAUUGCUAAUGAAUUGCCGUACAAUGAUUAUUUUGAAUACUUUGGGCCCGAUUUCAAACUUCAUAUUAGUCCUUCAAAUAUGACCAAUACAAAUGCAACCGAGUAUUUAGAAAAAAUUAAAAACCGACUGUUCGAAAACUUACGAAUGCUACCUCACGCCCCAGGAGUUCAAGUCCAAGCUAUUCCUGAAGACGGUGUACGUAAUGAGUCUGAAGAUGAAGAUAAUGUUAACCCUGAUGAAAGGAAUCCUCAGUCCAUUACAGACAAACGAAUUGCACCUGAUAAUGAGUUUAGCGAUAGUGAGGAUGAAGGAAUGGCUCCUGGAGUAGGGGGUGGUGGCCGAAAAGAUAACAGAUCUUAUAAAACGGUUACACCUGCUCGAAAACAAGCACGUUUGGACUCUAAUAGGAUGGAAGUAGAUGAACCUGAAUUUAAUAUUCUAAAAGAUGAAAAAGAAGACAAAUCUGUUAGUUCUGAUGAUUCUAAUAAAAAGGAUGCUGUCAAGUCGUGAAUUUUUGACUAAAUUAUAUAAUAAAAUUGUAAAUAUUUAAAAAAAAAAGUAAAACAAUGAUUUACUGUCAUUCAUUUGUGUACAUAACUUCGAUAAUUAGGGCGGUAUAAUGUAAUUUAGUAAAUUAUCUUAUUUAUAGUUACUAAUUUAUGGUUUAUGAUUGUUAACUCUAAUAAUAACGCCCUUAGUAAGUUUUAAAAAAAUGAAGUAAGCUGCGAUAUUAAGCUGAGUAUACGGCAAAAGAUAUUUUUUCACAACAAAUGUUUCUACAUUUUUAUAUUUAGGUAUAUCAAUUUGUUUUAAUUUUUGUAAUGAUAUUAGUUUAUUUAGCAGCUGAAACAUUUUAAACAAAUGGAAGUGAUGACGGUGUUACUUGAAUGUGUUACUCUAAUGAACUACAACAAAUAUUUUUUUAUGAUUUGUGGUUAUUAAAGUUAACGAUUCUUAUUUUCUUUUUUGAACUAUUCUUAUCAUUACAAUAUUU